GUGAAACAACAAGAAUCAGCUUAUGGAAAACAAUUGGUCUUUGAUUUCACUUUAGAAGCAUUUGAAGUGUAUAUUAAGAAGACAACUAUUAUCCUCAUUUUCGUAAUAAAAACAAAACUUAAUGAAGGGAUCAAAGAUGAAG